AAAUUCCAAAACACAGUCAAUCAGUCACUGAGAAGCUGAGUCUCGCUGCUGAUCUCGAACCGCCGUAGGACCGGCCGCAACCGCCAUCCGUUUUCCUGCAUCCUCACCGUUCAACCUCCUCUCUUCCAUCUUCAUCCAGUUCUCAUCAUUGUAUUCGUGCUUCGUCGCAGGUUUCCUUUGCCAUGCUGGCAUUUUCGAGAGGUGUAGUUUCUCGCCUUCGACAAUUCCCCGUGGCAUCGCUGCCACGAUUUUUUAGUUCGGAUGUGGAGACUAUACGGACAAUUGAAGCAAAACCUAGUGUGAUGACACCGAAUUCACGACGAACUGGUCUUGUAGCUGUAAAAUGUGGAAUGACUGCACAUUGGGAUAAAUGGGGUGCUAGAAUUCCAAUUUCUAUCCUUUGGGUUGAUGACAACAUUGUCUCUCAGGUCAAAACUCCAGAGAAGGAAGGUUAUUGUUCUCUCCAGAUUGGUUGUGGACAGAAGAAGGAGAAACACUUGACAAAGCCUGAAGUGGGUCAUUUUAGGGCUCAAGGAGUUCCAAUGAAGAGGAAGCUCCAAGAGUUUCGAGUGACCGAGGAUGCACUUCUUCCUGUUGGUACAUCGCUUAAUGUUCGCCAUUUUGUUCCCGGCCAGUAUGUUGACAUCACAGGAAUCACUAAAGGAAAAGGUUUUCAGGGUGUGAUAGAUCGGCACAAUUUUAAAGGAGGUCCAGCAUCCCACGGGAAUUCGAAAACAGAGAGAACCAUGGGUUCUACAGGAAUGCUUGGUCCUUGUAGGGUUUUUAAAGGUAAAAAGAUGCCAGGGAGAAUGGGCGGGAAGCAAAGAACAGUAAAAAAUGUAUGGGUCUACAAAAUCGACCCAGCAAGAAAUUUGAUGUGGGUGAAAGGCCAGGUCCCAGGAGCUACAGGGAACUUUGUUUUUAUAAAAGAUGCAGUCUAUGAAAAACCUGACACAUCUAUACUUCCUUUCCCAACUUACUUUGUGCCAGAAGAUGAAGAUACUGAUGAUAUGGAACCUUUGAUUGCUGAUCUUGGAGAUGUUGAUCCAUUUAUGGUUGUUGAUUAAAGAGAUAGUUCAUAAAAUGGAUUUUUUCGUAGGAUUUUCUUCAUGUAAUCAAUUAUGUUCUUUUAUUUGAAUUUAGAUAUGGCAAAAAUAAGAAUUUUGAGGAACGACAUUCCUAGGAUUAUUUUUCACUUGAGUCCUUCACUGGUUAAGUUCUAGCGAUACUUGUGACAUUCAACAAUUAUGAAUUAGGAUUGGGUGAACAUGGUUGUUUUGAAAUCCUACAAAUAAGUGUUGAGACUUGGAAUUAGUUAAUGGCUGAUGCUUUCUUGUAGUAUAAUUGUUUCCUUCAUGGAGCUAA